UUAUGGCAAACAUGUUUUCUAUAAUUAUCAAUAAUGCACAAACAAAUGACUCCGGAGUUUAUUACUGUGGCCACUCUAACUCUGUGUAUCUACAGCCCAACUUCGGGAAUGGGACCAGGCUAAUUGUCACAGAUGCCUCUGAGCCGAGUCUUUCCAUCCUGGUUCCCUCCACCCCAGAGGAUGCUGAGCUUCCCCCCAUCAUUCCUCUGCUCUGCCUGCUCUCUGAUUUCAUUCCUCCCUGGAGUGCUGUUCUCUGGGACACUGGUGAGGAGGCAUCUGAAGUUCAGAUGGAUGCUGGAGCCAUAGAUGGCAACGGGGUCUUUAGUGUUUGGAGCCUAAUGACAAUCCCUUCUGAGACAUGGAAUCAGAAGAUGAUCUGCAAUUGCACAGCCAAGGAGAGCAGCACAGGGAGAAGCAUCAGUGCUACAGUCACCAAGGAAACAGAGAGAAGAGACGCCGGAGACUGUAGGAUUGUGUUCUACGCUGGGCUGCCCUGUAUUUUCACCCUUCUCCUGAUCCAGCUGUUGAUCUUGCUCUGGAGAAAGUGCCCCGUCAGAGGGAGAGCUGUGCAAAGACAGAAGGAAAUACCUAUGAGGCAGAUUCCACAGACUGAAUAUGCGACUCUGACAUACAACAACAGAAAUGCUCCUCGGUGACUGAUGUAGUCUCACAAAAG